AUUUGUUAAUACUACAAAGUUGUCAACACUGAUGAAACGUCAAAUGUCAAAGUUGUCAAACGCACGUUUUCGUUUUCCCAAUUUGUCAUGUGUACAAAAACUCAAGAAACAUCGCUUUUUCUUUGAAUUUUAAUUACUCCAUCUCAUCUAAGUGUUAAGUUUAAAAUGGGCCGUGGUAGAGGAGGUAAGUUUCAUAAAAGCAAUAAAAAACAACACACAGAACAUUUCAAAAAAAAGAAAGAGAAGAAAAUCGAGGUUGUUAACAAAAAGGCCUUAUUUAACCGAUACAAAAAUAAGCAAAAGGUUGAAGAAGAGAAUUUGAAGAAGGAGCAACUGGAACGGAAGCUGAAGCAGCAGCAGGCAGCAUACUCGGAGAGUGAAGAAGAAGAAGAUCCGUAUGGAAUGCUAGUUUCUUGUUUCAGUCAGCCUAAGAAACAAAAAGUUGUAAUAGAUAGUGAUGAAAGUGAUAGUGAACAGGAGCCGGAGCAGAGUGGUGAUGAGGACAUGGCCGGUGAACAGGGAGACGUUGUCAGUGAACAGGAAGACAUGGCAAGUGAGAAUGGAGAUGAAAAUAUUGGCAGAGAUGAAAGUGAACAGGAGUUUGAAGACAUGCAGGAUGAAGAUGAGCAGGACAGUGACUUGGAGACAAAAAUAAAAACUUCACAAAAAACUGAAAAUGAGGAACAAGACUCCUCCAAUGACCCGUUUACCAAGCAUCUACAAUAUGAACUUGGGGAAGAUCUGUUAGUUACUCUCUCAAAUCCAUCUGCAGAGAAUUUGGACCAAGUUGAAAAAACAUGGCCUAUUCUUGGUAACAUAUCUGUAAAAAUCCCUAAACCUGUCAAAUUAAAAGCCAAAGUGAAACCUAAAAUAUCCUUACUAGAAGAAAAACCUUCAGCUCCCACGGGCACUGUUCCACAGAUAGCAAACACAGAUUUUCAACAAAUGUUCAUUAAAUCACAAAUACAUGGCAAUAUUGUGUCUGCAAAUAAAACUAAUUUGAUAAAGAAUGAUUUGGAGCUGACUGAGGUGUUCACUCCUCUGCAACGGGAACUAUUCGGUAUAAUGAACAACUAUCAAGAUCUUUACUACCCAGAGAGGACAUUUACUAAUGCUGAAGAGAUUCGCUUUACAUACUGUUUGCAUGUGGUUAACCAUAUGUUGAAGACCCGGACUAAAAUCCUUCACCAUAAUGCCAAGCUUAGUAAGAAGACUGACCCUUCUGAGGAAUAUAGAGAUCAAGGCUUAGUAAGACCAAAGGUACUGAUACUGGUUCCAUUCAAAAGUGCAGCAUACAAAGUAGUCAAAACUUUAAUGGACAUCCUAGUGCCUAAGGAAGCAGGUCAGGUGGUCAACAAGAACCGGUUCGAGGAGGAGUUCACCGGGGGUGAGCUUGCCAUGCCACAGAAGAACCCUAAACCGGAGGACUAUGAACUCAUGUUCAGUGGAAACACUGAUGACACUUUUAGAUUAGCUAUGACUCUAACUAAGAAAACAUUGAAGUUGUACACAGAUUUCUACUCAUCAGACAUCAUAGUGGCUUCGCCCCUCGGCCUGCGCAUGAUUGUCGGCGCGGAGGGCGAAGAGGAUCGCGACUACGACUUCUUAGCCUCCAUAGAAGUCCUGAUCAUGGACCAGACGGAUGUCUUCCUUAUGCAAAACUGGGACCAUCUAUUGCACUGUCUGGACCACUUCCAUUUGCAGCCACAGAAGACGCGUGACACUGAUUUUUCUAGAGUACGAUCUUGGGCUAUCAAUGGAUGGUCAAAAUAUUACAGGCAAACGUUGAUCUUCAGCUCAGUGGCCCUGCCUGAGAUCAAGUCCAUUCUCAACCACAAAUGCCAGAACUACGCCGGCAAGGCGGUCGUCGCGAACCCGUGCGAGGUCGGCUCCAUACAGCAAGUUUUAUUGCAAGUGCCGCAGAUCUUCCAUAGAUUCAACGCUAGCAGCCCGUUGGCAGCGGUAGACGCCCGGUUCGAAUACUUCGUGAAAGAAGUCCUGCCGAAACAGCGGGACCCUCUCAUGAGCCACACGCUCAUCUAUGUGCCCAGCUACUUCGACUACGUGAGGAUACGAAACUAUUUCAAGAAGGAGGAUAUUGGAUUCGUGCAGAUUUGCGAAUACUCUAAGGAUGGUAAAAUAGCUCGCGCGCGCGACAUGUUCUUCCAUACCGAAGCGCACUUCCUACUGUACUCUGAGAGAGUCCACUUCUUCCGACGGUUCAGGAUAAAAGGCAUUCGGCACAUCAUCUUCUACCAGCCGCCGACCUACCCGCAUUUCUACUCGGAGAUGUGUAAUCUUAUGCAGGAAUCGAACCAAAAUAAAUACGGCGGCAGCGAGUUCAACAUGUCUGUGACAACCCUGAUGUGCAAAUAUGACGCGGCGCGCGCCGCCGCCGUCGCGGGCGCCGCUCGCGUCGCCGCCAUUCUGCGCUCCGACAAGCCUGUCCAUAUGUACAUCACGGGCGAGUGACUUUAUGUUCUAACCAACAAGUACGUUUAGCAGCUGUUAAACAUGGCAGUGACAACGCUGAUGUGCAAGUGCGACGAGUCGCCUCCGUCCUGCGCUCCCACAAGCCCGUGCACAUGAUCAUUCAAGGCUUAACUUUGGGUACAGCCUGGCAAAAAAGAGUAGAAAAUAAUAGGGGCGCCACCGUCUAUGCAAAAUGGUUUGCAUGUGGCAACUAUUUUGACAGAUUUUGACACUACUUUUCAAUGAGAACAGUUAAGUGUUGCUAUGAUAAAAAAAAAAUUAGUUCCAUUUCUCCUCUUUUUUGCCAAGCUGAAGUACUACGAUUUUGAGUUUCACUGUUAUGAACAGGGUUCAUUUUCAUGAUUGAACCUUGUUGACUUAUAGAUCGUGUUGCAUCAUAUUUACUAUGACGUGAAUGUUGAAAUAAGGAAAUAGUUUCCUUUGUUAUGAAAAAUUUGUCAUUGUUUGUUGUUUUGUUGUAGUUUGUAAAUACUUUCACAUUUUAAAAUCAUAACAUAAAUAAAAUAAUUAUCAUGUUCAUAUUA